AUGUUCGGAGAAGAUUUUCAAGAGUUACGUCUUGUUGUUUGGGAAGAGGAAGUGACAAAACUGGUGCAUAUGAAUUUUCUGGCCAGCAAACAAACCAUGUUCGCAAAGCUUCCAAAAGUGAUGGCUCUUCAUUUUUCACGAUCUAUCUAUCUUCAAAAUGGGAUGACGCUAAAGAACCCUUGCCGUGUGUUAUUCCCAGAGAAAAUUGAUCUGACGCAGUAUACAACCACCGGUUAUUUGGCAACCAUGCCCAGUGAACCGCUUUCAUCGCCACCAUCUCCGUCAUCAUCACUGUCUUCGCCAAUAUUAUCCCCAUUUGCCGAUAUUGACGGUGCUCAACCUGACGGAAUUCAUUAUAGAUUAAAAGCAAUCAUAGCUCACAUAGGUGACCAUAAACUUGGUCACUUUGUUACAUAUCGACGUCAAGAAGGGCAGGAUAGCUGGUGGAGAUUAUCAGACGAAAGCAUCGAAGAGGUUAAAUUGUCAAAAGUUUUGGAACAAGAAGCAUACAUGUUGUUUUACGAAAGGGAAAAUAUUUAA